AUGGAGGAAGCAUUGUGUCCUAAGAUUGGCAUGGAGUUUCAGUCAGAAGAUGAGGCAUACAACUUCUACAAUAGGUACGGAUUAGUUCUUGGAUUCAGUGUUCGGGGAGACUACUUGAACAAGGAUAAAGACGGUGUAGUUACAUCGAGAAGAAAAGUAAGUAUUUCUCAAGGAGCCCAAGCUGAGAUUGCAAAUGAUGCAGGAAUAUCCUUGAAACAAUCCCAUGAACUCAUGGGAAAAGAGACAAGUAGAUUAGGCAAUAUUGGCUACACUCGUGAUGACUUAAAACGCUACCUACGAAGAAAAAGAGAGGGGAUUAAAAAAACUAACAAGGAGUACAGACCAUUGGGCGUAUUUGUGGGAUUCAAUCAAUUUAGACAAUUGAUUAUUUUUAAAGCAACUCUAUUGUAUGAUGAGACCAUUGAAUCAUUCAAGUGGGUGUUCGGUACAUUUGUAGAGGCAGUUUGUGAAAAGCACCCAAAAACCAUUUUCACGGAUCAGGAUGCAGCCUUGACCGCUACAAUUUCAGCUGUUAUGCCUUCAACAUACCAUGGUCUGUGCACUUUUCAUAUUAGAGUCAAUUUCAUGAAACACAUUGGGAACUAUUACAAGGAUGGUAGUAAUCUCCCAAAUAGAUUUGCUGAAUGUAUGUAUGAGAUAGAAGAUGAAAAUGAGUUUAUCAUGGCCUGGGAUGCAAUGCUAAAAGAACACAAGCUCGAAACAAAUGAAUGGUUGCGUGGUAUUUAUGCAUAUCGAAAGAAAUGGGCAAAAUGCUUCAUGAAAGGCGCCUGGACUGCACGUAUGCGUAGCACCCAACUAAGUGAGAGUCUAAAUGCUUCCAUAAAAAAAUAUCUGAAACUUGAUCAUGAUCUGGUUCAAUUCUUCAAACUUUUUAAUCGAGUUGUUGAUGAAAAAAGAUAUAAUGAACUAAGAAUUGAGUAUCACAGUCGACAGAAGCUGCCAAUGUUGGGAUUGCAACAGACUCCCGUACUGAUCCAGGCAGCUUCUAUAUACUCUCCAUCCAUGUUUGUUGCAUUCCAGAAUGAAUACGAUGAAUCCACUACAAUGGUGAUUUUGGAUCAAAAGCAUACUACAAUGCAUGUGGAAUACAGUGUCAGUAAGUAUGUUGGAGGAAGGGAGAGAAGAGUGACAUUGAAUCCAAUAACUAAAGACAUUACUUGUAGUUGUAAUCUUUUUGAGCAGGAAGGAAUCCUAUGCUCACAUGCUUUAAAGGUGUAUGAUAUGGUUGGAACAAAGUUUAUUCCUGCUUAA